GGCUUGGGGCGGAGUCCGCGGGUAGAGGAUGGGAGUUUAAGGCCCGGGAUUGCUGGAGGGCAGGCGGCCACAGUCUAGGGGCGGCACGGUGUCGACUUGCAACCCAGCUGAGAGGAGAGGCGCCACCUGGGAGGGACCCCACCUUGUAACACCGCCGUGGUUGUUUGUCCUUUAUUCGUCUUGGGUUGCCAUUCGCUUCGCCGAGUGUGACACGGAUACGCCCCUAGCAUCCCCAAAUAUCCACACCCAAAGUCCGGAAGGAAGAGCAUUGAGGCUCUCAGUGGAAACUUCAUUCUCACCGGAGUUACUUUCUGGGGCGUCACCUGCCACAGGAUUCCUGGAACCCAUUGGCCUGGGCGGAAUCUGAGCCGGUGGAAUCUGAGCUGACGUCAUCCAGGGGCUCAAAGCAAUUGCUUUGUUGGAAAAGAAUAGAUUAGCUUGGAUUUGUCUUCCUCUAUGGGCAGCUGCCUAGCCUUUACGCUGAGAGUAUGAGGCUCUGGCCUCCACUGGCCACUCACUCGUGACCCUUCCACCACGGCGGGGCCUUCCAAGCCAACCUCCUGCCGUGUGGUGAUCUACCUGCAGCGGGAGAUGUCGGGGGAUACCUGUCUGUGCCCAGCGUCAGGGGCCAAACCCAAGCUAAGCGGCUUCAAGGGAGGAGGCUUGGGCAACAAAUACGUCCAGCUCAAUGUGGGUGGUUCCCUGUACUACACCACCGUGCGGGCGCUAACCCGGCAUGACACCAUGCUCAAGGCCAUGUUCAGUGGGCGCAUGGAGGUGCUGACCGACAAAGAAGGCUGGAUCCUCAUAGACCGAUGUGGAAAGCACUUUGGCACCAUUUUGAAUUACCUCCGAGAUGACACCAUCAUCCUCCCUCAAAACCGGCAAGAAAUCAAGGAACUGAUGGCUGAAGCAAAGUAUUACCUCAUUCAGGGGCUGGUGAACAUGUGCCAGACUGCCCUGCAGGACAAGAAGGACUCCUACCAGCCUGUGUGCAACGUCCCCGUCAUCACAUCCCUGAAGGAAGAGGAGAGGCUCAUCGAAUCCUCCACCAAGCCCGUGGUGAAGCUGCUAUACAACAGAAGCAACAACAAGUAUUCCUACACCAGCAACUCCGAUGACCACCUGCUGAAAAACAUCGAGCUGUUCGACAAGCUCUCCCUGCGCUUCAACGGCCGUGUGCUCUUCAUCAAGGAUGUCAUCGGCGACGAGAUCUGCUGCUGGUCCUUCUACGGGCAGGGUCGGAAGCUGGCGGAGGUGUGCUGCACCUCCAUCGUGUACGCCACCGAGAAGAAGCAGACCAAGGUGGAAUUCCCAGAAGCCCGAAUCUAUGAGGAGACACUCAACGUUCUACUCUACGAGACCCCCCGAGUCCCUGACAACUCCCUAUUGGAAGCCACAAGCCGGAACCGCAGUCAGGCGUCCCCCAGUGAAGAUGAGGAAACCUUUGAACUGCGGGACCGUGUCCGCCGCAUCCACGUCAAGCGCUAUAGCACUUAUGAUGACCGGCAGCUUGGCCACCAGUCUGCCCAUCGCGACUGACAAGACCCUCCUGGAGUCAGGGCACGAGAUACCCUGUCUCCUCUCUUGUGGAACCCCGCCCCAUUGGCCACCCCACGCUGCUGCUGCCUGGGGUCUCUGCUCCAGCACCCAGAGGCAUGACAGGCCCUGCCUGGGAGGUCAGAGGGCCUGAGCAGGGGAGGGACUGCGUUUCUUUUCCCGGCUCCCUGAGCACUUCAGGAUGACUGAGUCCCAGCCCCUUUGCUCAGCAUCUCCCUUUCUGCCACAGGGAGCCGCUGCUGCCCCUGGGCUGAAUGGACUGACCUGCCCACCCCGCUGCCAAGAGCAUUCCCCUUGGCCCUUCGCUGAGCACCCCUUUGCUCUGCUGAAGGGCUACUUUAGGCCUCGGGGAGGCCCACGGGGAAUGGGUUCGCUCUGUGGGGAAGGUGGCUUCUGGUGCUGUGGAGGCCCAAUUUCUUACAGAAGGUGGGGCUUCUUUUUUCCUAAGGUGUUUAAGCACAGGCUUAAUGAGUUUGGUUUUUAAAAAAUAAUCUAGGAAAUGACUAGUUUUAAGUCUAAUAAUGAGGAGACUGGGUGUUUCUGCUCCAGGGUUUCAAGACCGUGGGUAAAACAGAACCCUUGGCCCUUCUGAUGCCUUUGGGAUCUGUUUCUGUAAAGCACUUUGUACUUUUAUUCAGGAGAUUUGUCUCCUGCCCUGACCCGCGUCAUCCUUCUCUGAUCCUAACCCCCUUUUCCCUGUAGAAUCAAUCUGCGGGAGGGGAAAGAAGCAAUAAAAAAAAAAACUGACCAUCUUUGGCUUUGCCAAACCGGCCAAGCCGCUGGCCCAGAGAGCGCUGAGGGGGUAAGGGUGUGUGAGUUAGGACCUAUGGUCCUAAUAACACCCCUGUAAGAAAGGAUACUUUACCCCUACAUCUUAGGGUCACAUACUGGCUUCUAGAGUCUUACAUGAUUGCUGUCUUUGAUUCUCUUGCCCUCGGCUCCAAGGCAUGCUGUCCUCACUUACUCUAAACCCAAAGAGCCAUCACGGGGGCGAGGAGCUGCUUGCAGCCAGGAGCAUGAGCUGCAGCAGGAAGGCUGCGGAGCCCGUGGGCACCACACCUGCCUGCCCAUCAGCUGAGGACAGCAAACACAGAGCCCCACGUUCCUGGAGGCCCUGUGCAGAGGCGGCUGUGCUUGGCCAUACAUCUCCCUGCCCUGCAUCCAUGCUAUUGGUUUUGUGUCCUGGCUGGGGAAUGGUGGUUCUGCCCAGUGGUGAGUCCUUGAACACAGGAUAAUGUGAGUAGCCGAAGAGCCUUGAAAGGUUCUUCGUUUUUCUUGUCGGGAACUUGGCUGUGGAGAUGCAAGCACUGGCUCUUGGGCAAGGGUGCAAGUUCUUCUUCAGGGCUUUGGUAUUCAUUCACUUCUGUUUGGCUUGGCCCUUAGGAGGCUGCUUAUCCGAAUUCUUUUCCAAAAGAAUGCCGCCAGUGAGGGAGCUGUUCAGCCAGCCUAACAAAGCAGCAUAGCACUUAGCAGUACCCACUCAGUCAGGAAGGGACAUAGCUUAUCAAGUUCAUGUCUCUUGACUACUCUGACUACAGCUAGGUGGCUCUUCACGGCUGACCCCAUGAGCCUAUGGGCAAAUGCCAGGCCAGGGUUAGCAGACACUCACAAGGACCUGAAAUGACAUGGUGGGGCAGGGGAAAGGUGACUUUAAUCAAGCGCUUUUCACUUGUCGCAGUCUUGAAUGUAUAAAGACUUCCAGGUGAGGCACCUUGGUGAUCAGCUACAAACGGUUCUUCCAGCCUUCACUGGAGUAACAAGAUGAAAACAAAUCCAUUUCUUUGACCAGAUUCUGGCUUUGGCUUUGUGGCUUUCCCACAGCGACUGGAAUGCUUCUGCUUGAGGCCCCUGGUCUGUUUCCUCAGCUGCCUUCCUGAAGCCCUUUAAUACUCAAAGUCCCAGCUCCCUACUGAGGCAUUUUAAUGCUUGUCCUUUGACCUCCCCAGCCCCUGUAGCCUCUCUUUACUGCUUUGACAUUCAGAUCCUCAGCUGUCUCAGUGGUGAGUAGUCUUUCUGGGACUCUGGGCACUUAUGUCGUCCAACUGAAAAUAUCUCUUUGGUCUUUAAAUAUUGAAUACUAACACUGAACUCACUGAAGUAAUCUUAGCUUUUAAAAUCAGACUGUGGUGUAAGGGUUUGGGGUAUUUUCUUUGAGUUUCCCAGCCCCACUUAGAAAGCAGCUCUUGGCUGUGUGAAUUUUUCAACUCUGCGCAGCCCAGGGGAAUGUAAACAAAAAGUGUGGAUGAAGGUCAAACCUUCUUGUCAGUUUCUGAGAAAACUGGAAGCCUGCUGUUAACUACACGGACCAGGAUUAGGUCCUAAUCACUCUGUUACCUGACCAAGUUCUGCUUAAAGGAUGGCACACGUCCUGACAUGAGAGAACUUCUCCUUUAUCAUGUAACUACAAUUCUUUGUUGCUCAGCGUAGGUGAUGGAAAAAAAAACACUAAUUUCUAAUAAAACUGUGUUACACUACAGUGGUA